CGCGCGAAACAUUGGAUAUUACGUAACUGUCAAGUUCGGUCGACACAACCACCAUGGCUGCCCCAAGACCGACUUCAAAAUUGCCUCCAGGUGCUAAUCGUAUACUCUUCGUCAAAAACCUUAACUACCAGAUUACCGGGGAAGACUUGUACGACCUCUUUGGGCGAUAUGGCAGCAUCAGGCAGAUACGCAUAGGGGAUGAGCAAAAGACGAAAGGAACAGCCUUUGUUGUAUUCGAUGAUGUUAUGGAUGCAAAAAACGCACUUGAACAUUUGAAUGGUUUCCAUUUGCAAGAGCGAUAUAUUGUUGUUCUGUAUCAUAUGCCAGCGAAACAAGAUGCUGCCGCCGCCAAAGCCGAUCUAGCCCGAAGAGAGGAAGAACUAGCACAGUUGAAGAAGAAGCAUAACAUUGUGGAUGAUUGAGCCACUCCAUCUCGAGCUUAUUAUUGCAUAUUCUCGCUCAUUCAUGUGUACAGCUCAUAUGUUUUUGAUCGCAAUACAAUACAUCUGUCAGGUGGUGUCGGUCUGUAUCACAGAUGAUGUCCAU